AUGAGGGGCACGGUGCUGGCGCUGGCCUUGCUCGCCCUCCUGGUGACGGCGCGGGAAGGACGCGGCGAAGGGAACACCGUCCGGCUCUGCGGGAGAGACUUCGUCAGAGCCGUCGUCUUCACCUGCGGCGGCUCUCGGUGGAAAAGGCAUUUGAGUGAUUAUGGCUACCUGUUUGAGAGUGAGAAUUCCCUGCCUGACUAUCAAGAGAACAACGGUUAUGCCGACUCCUCGACGCACACAGACCAGAGGCUGGAGGCUGACAGCAAAGAAAUCCCCAACGUCAAGCCCCAGAAAGGGCGAGAUUUGCAGCGUACCAGGAAAACGUCGACCCUAAAAAAGCGUGAAGCAGUCAGGUUGCUUACCACAUCCUGCUGCAGCAUCGGCUGCAGCGAGAGAGAGAUCAGUUCCCUGUGCUGA